GCCCCGCCUCCCAGCGCGCGGGCGCGCCUUGGCGGGAAUUUCGGCUGUUUCCGGUUUAGGACCCGCUUGCUCCGGGUCAGUAGUGUUGACCUGAGGACGCAGAUCUCGGGACUGGAAGUUUAAGCGGGACAUGAAGUGAAUAAUGAGCGACUGCUCUGUUGGAUCGACGCUCCUGACCGACAGUUUAGAGCUGGAGCUGAAGACAGAAUGGUGCAACCCCCCGUGCUUCUCUUGUGCUUUUGACAGCAGAGGAGGCAAAAAAUUUUCUGGAGAGUCCUACCUUGCUAGUGGAGCUCUUAAGCGGUUAAUUUUGAAUCUUGAUCCUUUACCAACUAAUUUUGAAGAGGACACAGUAGAAAUAUUUGGCAUUGAAUGGGUUACUGAAACAGCAUUAGUGAAUUCAUCUAGAGAGCUUUUUCAUUUAUUCAGGCAACAACUGUACAAUUUGGAAUCCUUAUUACAGGUCAGCUGUGAUUUUGGGAGAAUAUCAACCCUACACUGCAAAGCAAACAAUAUUAGACAGCAGUGUAUACUAUUUCUCCAUUAUAUUAAGGUUUUCAUCUUCAGAUGCCUGAAAGUACAAGAUGCUGAGAGUCACAUUCCUGUCCAUCCCUAUGAGACUUUGGAGGCUCAGCUUCCCUCAGUGCUGGUGGAUGAACUUCAUGGAUUACUUUUGUAUAUUGGACAUCUAUACGAACUUUCCAGUAUUAAUCUAGGAGCAUUUGUAAACCAAAACCAGAAUAAGCUUUUCCCACCAUCAUGGCACUUACUACACCUCCAUUUAGAUAUCCAUUGGCUGGUACUAGAAAUUCUUCACAUGCUGAGUGAAAAAUUGAAACAAGCUGCAUAUGGUCAUCAGUUUAUCAGUCUGGCAGGUGACAAUUUCACCAAUGUGAGCCUAUUUGAAGAACACUGUGAAAAUCUUUUCUGUGAUUUAAUAAGCCUGUCACUCAAGAGGUAUGACAAGGUUAGACCUUCUGAAGCAUUACUGAGUGAUAAUUGUCAUUGUUCAUGCAUAAAAGAAUUAUGGGUUCUACUCAUACAUAUUCUAGACCACCGACAUAAAUGGUCUCUCUCAGAAUCAUUUUGGAGCUGGUUGAAUAAAAUACUUAAAACACUCUUUGAAACAUCCAGUGAACAAAGACCUUCUAUGCCUGUCAUCAAGUCCAGAGAUCCAUUAGGUUUUAGUUGGUGGAUUAUUACUUGUGUAGCAUCAUUUUAUCAAUUUGAUCGGCAUGGAGUACCAGAUGAAAUGAGACAGAUGGAAUCAAAUUGGAACUUUGUGGAAGAACUGCUGAAACGGUCCUUGAGUGUUCAGGAAGGUAUACUAGAAGAACAGUUACGAAUGUAUCUUCACUGUUGUUUGACACUUUGUGAGUUUUGGGAACCAAAUAAUACAAUUGUCAACAUCCUAUGGGAAUAUUACAGUAAAAACCUGAAUAGUUCCUUCACUGUUUCUUGGCUUCCUUUGAAAGGUCUUGUUAAUAUCAAGUCUCCUUUGUCUAUGCUUGACUUGGUGAAGAAUUGCUGUUGUGAUAAACAAGAUCAUGACCUGUCUAAAUUGUACAGUAGUUAUACCAUUUUUCUUUGCAUUUUGGCAAAGAUUGUUAAGAAAGCCAUGAAGAACAAUGGACCUCAUCCUUGGAAACAAAUCAAAGGGAGGAUAUAUUCUAAAUUCCAUCAAAAAAGAAUGGAAGAACUAACUGAAGUUGGACUGCAGAACUUUUUCAGUCUUUUUCUACUAUUAGCAGCUAUUGCAGAGGUAGAAGAUGUGGCAAGUCAUGUUUUAAACCUUCUGAAUUUUCUCAAGCCUGCUUUUAUAACAUCUCAGAGAGCCCUCGUUUGGAAAGGUCAGAUGGCGUUCCUCUUGAUGUAUGCCCAGAAAAAUCUGGAUAUUGGUGUUUUGGCUGAGAAAUUUUCCUAUGAGUUCCAAGAGAGAGCAAAGGAAUUCUUGGUAUCGAAGAAAGAAGAAAUGGUACAGAGACAUAAUCUUUGGACGCUUCUCUCCAUCUACAUUGAUGGUGUUCAAGAAGUGUUCGAGACCAGCUCCUGCUUGUACCCUUCCCACGAGAAACUGCUUAAUGAUGGAUUUAGUAUGCUUCUUCGAGCCUGUCGAGAAUCUGAACUUAGGGCAGUGUUGAACUUUCUACAAGCUGUUUUGGCCAGAAUCAGGAGCUUUCAUCAACAAUUGUGUCAGGAGCUUCAAAAGGAGAAUGUAGACCUUGUUGUGCAGUCUUCAUUAUUGGCUAAAGAGCGCCACCUUGCUGCAAUUGCCAGCACACUAUGGAAGCAUUUCUUUUCAUUUCUGAAGAGUCAGAGAAUGGCGGAGAUUGUGCCUCUCUCACAGCUUGCAGAUGCAGCUGCAGAUUUUACUUUGCUAGCAGCGGACAUGCCGAGCACAGCCCCAUCAGACCUUCAGCCUCAGCCAGUUAUAUCAAUAAUUCAGAUUUUUGGUUGGGAUGAUAUCAUCUGGCCCCAGCUUGUGGCAAGAUAUUUAAGUCAUUUACUACAAAAUAGCACAUUAUGUGAAGCACUUUCUCAUUCAGGCAAUGUAUCUUUUCAAUCCUCAACUAUAAGAUCAUGGAUCCGUUGUGUUUUGCAAAUGUAUAUAAAAAACCUCCCUGGGCCUGAUGAUUUGUUUGUUGAUAUGAAUCCUGAACAAGCAGUUGAAAAAGACUACAUGGAACAGUUGGCUGAACUGACAAGGUUAAUAUUUAAACUCUCAGAAGUAAAGCAUAUUUUCUCACAGGCCCAAGUCGAAUGUUUACCCACCCCAGAAGAUCCUAAAAAAGCACUUGUUCAGUUCCUGGAGGCUGUUGGUAUAACUUACAGAAAUCUUCAGACGCUUUCUGAUAAAUCUGCCAUGGUCACAAAGUCCUUAGAAUACCUUGGUGAAGUAUUAAAAUACAUAAAACCUUACUUGGGAAAAAGAAUUUUCAGUGCAGGGCUGCAGCUGACUUACGGGAUGAUGGGAAUUCUUGUUAAAUCAUGGGCACAAAUUUUUGCCACCUCUAAAGCCCAAAAGUUGCUGUUUCGAAUCAUAGAUUGCUUACUGCUGCCCCAUACAGUAUUACAGCAAGAGAAGGAAUUGCCUGCAGCUAUGUUGACCGCAAUUCAGAAGAGCCUUCCUUUGUAUCUCCAGGGCAUGUGUAUUGUGUGCUCUCACUCUCAAAAUGCAAAUGCCUACUUGAAUCAAUUGCUAGGGAAUGUUAUUGAGCAGUACAUUGGGCGGUUUCUUCCAGCUCCGCCAUAUGUUGCAGCUCUUGAACAACAUCCUGUUUUGUUGGCACUGAGAAAUUCAGCCACUGUUCCCUGGAUAUCAUCUCUGAAGAAAUGCAUCGUACAGGUUAUAAGGAAAUCCUACUUUGAAUAUAAAGGGUCUGCACCCAUUCCUCGCUUAGCUUCCAUUUUGCCCUUCAUCCUUCAACUCUUCAAGGAAACUAAUGUAGAUUCUUGUGAGAUUGAACUACUCCUGCCUGGCAUCUUAAAGUGUUUGGUGUUGAUCAAUGAUCCCCAAGUUAAAAGGCUGGCCACAGAGAACCUGCAGUACAUGGUAAAAGCCUGCCAAGUGGGGUCAGAAGGAGAACCUGCCACCCAGCUGACUUCUGUGUUUAGGCAUUUUAUCCAGGAAUACGGAGUAAGAUACAGUUCUCAAGUUUACGGCAUUUUAGAGACAGUGGCAACACUGAACCAGCAGGUUGUCAUCCACUUGAUCUCUACCCUCACUCAGUCUCUGAAGGACUCUGAGCUGAAGUGGGGUCUUGGCAAGAAUACUGAACAAAGGGAGACCUAUAGAAAACUUUUAUCUCACCUAGGACAGGUGGGACAACAUGAAAUACAGAGACUGGAAAAUGAUAAUACAUAAUAUAUUUUAUUAUUUAUCCUGUGUAUUGAUUAUCGCUAAAGCCACCUUGUACUACUCCAGCUCCUACUUUAAUUAAUUGUAUUAUUUUUUAUUAAAAAUAAUUUCUAGGAUUUUUUUCCUGAUAUACCUGUAAGUAUAAAGUAUACAAAUAAAUAAAAGUUAAUUGGUAAUUAUGUAAUAGGGUCCUUGGAACUUUACAAAAUCGCAAUCUAUUUUGUAAAGGUUUUAGUGAAUUCUAACUAGCAGUGAUUUCUGCAUGAGUUUGUGUUGGUCCAUCCAUGAACUUUUUUUUUUUUUUCCAUCCAUGAACUUUUUACUCUAGUGUGACGUCUUGUCUUCCGAUCAGUAUGCUGGAUUGUUUGUUUGUAAAGCUUUUGUUGUACUAUGGUAUUUUUUAAAAAUACCGGGCUGCUCUUUUCUGGGGCUUUGUUGCCUUCUGUGGGGAGCCAGAGGGAUGUCAGAAGAUGGAACCAUAUUUGUUUUCCUUCAUUAAUGAGCAAGGGAAGUUAAUGAACCAAACCCUUACAAAGCUGGCUGAACUCUCCAUGAUCAGAACCUCACUGAAGGACUAUACAGAUGAUAUCUUUAAAAAGUUUUAAACAUAUACCAGUGGUAUUUAUGUUUAGCUUCCAAGAAUUGCCAGAUUUUUUUCUCAUCUUUGCUUUAGGGGUGUCAUCAAGAAGUAUAUGAGGGAGGAAGAGCUGCAGAGCCUUUAAGAGAAUGAAUAAUAUUUUGGAAACUUAACGAUUACCGGUCACAGAAGCCUGAGAGGUCAGCAGAUCCAUCUCCUUGCUCUUGUUACUUGGCAUCCUAUAUGUUUACAAAGAACCUGUGACUAUUUAGCAGCUGUUCUUCUCAGCUAUCUGGGUUGUCCAUUUCUCCCUUUAGGCCUGCCUGCUUUUUGUGGUGACCAUUAUUUGGUAGAAGGCGCUUUAGUUCUAGUGUUUGGAACCCAUGUGGGUAUAAGUGCAGCCCCCUUUUGUGAUCUUGAGCAAGUUGUUUACCUUUUGUGAACUUAUUUCCUUAAUGGAGAAAAAAAGUUAGCAUUUCACAAUGAAUUAGUGAAUAAUACAUGUUAAGAUGCUGGUCUGUAUUGUGUUUAGAGGUGUCCAGACACGACUACUGUACUACGCACGUGAGAUUAAAGAACACCUCUCAAAUUUUUUCCUUAAUGAUACAUCCUAGAUGGAUGACCCCGUUUUUUAGUGUCUUUAUACAUGUCAUGUUUUAAUUUAUGAUUAGUUCCCUUCUUGGGAUUGUAAUCUUUAUCAUACUUCUACCAUUCUUUCAAAGAAACAUUUUAGGGUUGGACAGGUAGCUCAGUUGUGAAGCAUUUGCCUGGCAUGCCCAAGGCCCUGGGUGCAAUCUCCAGCAUCACAAAAGAAAAACAGUCCAACCUGUUCGUGACUCAAAAGUUAUCUCUAAAAAUGAAAUGGAGGCGGAGAGUACAGCUCAGUGGGAGCAUACUUGCCUAUUAUGUGUACAUCCCUGGGUUUGAUCCUUGAAAUGGCAAACAGUAAUAACAAAAUCAUCAUCAUCAAAUAAAUAAAUAAAAUGCAGUUACAAUUGUCUCUUAAUUGUGGUCUUUAGAAUCCAAAAGUAUAGCUGCUAUUUUCAUGAUAUACAAAUGGUCUGUUUUUCCCUAAAAUCAACUGUCAUUACUUCCUUAAAAAGAAUAAAAGGUUUUUAAA